CCCCCGGCGCCACGGCCCCAGCCCCCGCGGCGGCCGCGCCAGAGCCUGCGCACUGGGGAUCCAGUGCCUGCGGCGGCUCCCCGCUCGGCUGCUCUGAAGAUGGCGGAGCGCGCCGGUGGUGGCACAUCCCUGAGGGGGCUGCGGGAACGGAUGGUUGCUGCUGCUAAUGCCAUUGCUGAAGAAAGACGGAGUCAGGGUAGCUUUAGCGCUCUUCCAUCACAGCCCUCAAAUAUAAAAUCAGCAUUUAAACCAGUAAUAGAUGGAUCUGUGCUUAAAAAUGAUGUAAAGCAAAGAUUAGCAAAGGAGCGCAGAGAGGAGAAAAAAAGACAAGAUGAUGCUAAUAAAGAGACACAACUACUUGAAAAAGAAAGAAAGUCUAAGAUCCUAUACGAAAAACAGAUGGAAGAAAAGCAGCGAAAGCUGAGGGAACAGAAAGAAAAGGAUGAACAACGGAGAAUAUCUGCAGAAAAAAAGAGAAACGAAAAGUUACAGGAAGAAAGGGAGAGAUUCAAAGCUGCCCUUCAUCGUACACUGGAACGGAGCAGCCGUAUUGAUUAUCAAAAAAGAUGGUCAUGGGAAGGCUCUACAACAGUGAACUAUCAGAAUAAAACUGCCAACAGACAUUCUGUAUCUACUGAAAAGCUUGAACAGGGGACUUCUGGAUUACAUAAACAAGUGUCAUCUGCAAGUCCUCAAAAUUCUAUUGCCAAGAAAACAACAGAAAAGAGGAGAAGCUCAUCUCUGAAUAGAAGAUGUAGCAAACUGCAUUCAUCUACAGAACAAGUGGAAGAAAAAACACCUGGCAUCCACAAUAUAUUCCAAUAUGUAAACAUGCCCCUGCUUAAGCACAGCAGUGAUGAAUUGAAGAGUACCAUAGUGCCUCACAAGUCAACAGUGGUAAUACCUCCCCAGGAGAAAGUAGACACACCCUCCAAGACAAGCGUGGAAACGGCCCCCAAGGCGAGUGUGGAAGUGCCCCUGGAGGUGAGCGUGGAAGCACCCCCCAAGGCAAGCUUGGAAGUAUCCCCCGAGGCAAGCUUGGAAGUAUCCCCUGAGGUGAGCGUGGAAGCACCUCCCGAGGCAAGCUUGGAAGUAUCCACCGAGGUGAGCCUGGAAGCACCUCCAGAGGCGAGCGCAGGAACACCCCCCACUAGCGUGGAAACAUCACCUGAGGCAAGCGAGGAUCUGUUCCUUGAGGCGAGUGUGGAUCCGUCCCCACAGGUGAGCAUGGACUCAUCCCCAGAGGUGAGCGUGGACUCGUCCCCAGAGGUGAGCACGGAAGCGUCAUCUGAGGCUAGUGUGGAAGCAUCUCCUGAGGCGACCGUGGAAGCAUCCCCAGAGGAGAGUACAGAAGUGCCCUCUGAGGCGCCCCCCGAGGCCUCCCCUGCGGUGACCAUGGGAAUGUCUUCCAAGGUGAAAAUGAAAGACUCUUCACAGAAAUCAGGAACGGACAAACAGGCCUCAAACCCGAUUACGAAGAAGCGCCUAUCACCAUCACAGAUACCGUGUUAUAGAUGGUCAUCUUCUCCUACAAGCAGGUGGUGUCCUCCAUCUCCCAUCAGUGCUAGCAGGCAAAUCCAAAAGAAUCGCCCCCCGUCACCUUCACCCGCCACGUCAAAACAGUCGACGCAGUUUUCUUUUUCCUGUGGAGUAAUUCCUAUGCAGCGUACCGUAUUUGCACAAAAUGCAUUAGGUACUAUUGGAAUGAGAAAUGAAGCCAUCUCUAACACCAUUAACAGCUCUGAGACUGCAAGCCAAAAGGAUAUGAUCUGUGAAGAGUCUGGUAAUAAAAGCACACCAGGGCCUAUGAAUGCCGAGGAGGCAACAAAAAUUUUGGCAGAGAAACGACGCCUUGCUCGUGAACAAAAGGAAAAAGAGGAAGAAAGACUACAAAAAGAGAUGGAACAAAGGAAAAUGAAAGACAUAGCAAAGAAAGCAGAUGAAGGCCAACAAGAGGAGUUCUCAGAAUUUGGAGAUGGGCAACCACCAAAGGAGAUAAAGAAGGAAGGAAGUCAAGAACAACAAGACCAAAGAGUGGAACUCCAGAAAAGUGAUGCGAAAAUAAAAGCUCAGGAGGAGGCCGACAAACGCAAGAAGGAACACGAGAGAAUUAUGUUACAGAAUUUGCAGGAGAGAUUAGAAAGAAAAAAGAGAAUUGAGGAAAUUAUGAAGCGGACAAGAAGGCCAGAUUCAAAUACCUCAAAGGCUACAGAAACAUUCAGCAGUGAUGCAUAUGAGGAGGACGAGGCAGACGAUGAGGACGAGUCAGAAAGUGACAGUGAUUCCUUUGAUGACAUGCAUCCAUCAGCUUUUAUAAAUGGCACAGAGUCAUCCACAAAACCAAAAACACAUUUUAAAAAUGUGAAGAACACUCGCAAGCUGGUGUUUUUAGAUGAGACUUGUAGCUACAUCCGUAAAGAGACAAAAACACUUUUAAAUUGUGACAUGAAAACCUUCAGACAAAAAAGAGUGAAAGACCCUUUGAAUCAGACAAAGAGUGCCAGAUCCUCCACCAAAAGAACAGCCAACCGAGCAGCCAAAACCGGAAAGGCAGAAACCAGCAACACCGUGGGACCUUCCAAGAGCUUACAUUCAGAGGCACAGGAUUGGGUCUGUGACAAGAUUAUUGACAUCACAAGCGAGAUAGAACCACCUAAGUCCAGUAUCCCUCCUGAUAGCCGAAAACACCAUCUGAAAGGUCCCAUGACAUCCUGCCUAAGUCACCAGCCACCUGUAGACAACAAGAAAACAAGCAAAUCUGUUUCUGCUCUAUUGGAUAUGUAAACCUCAUCCAGCCUGGAAGAGAAGCCAUUCUCCACUCUGGAUUUUGACCUCCAGGCACACCUCUCAAAAUUUCUCCACCUCCUACUUGAACCUGGCAAAGAAAAUGACUCUCAAAAGAAAAAAAAAAAACGGGAAACAUCAAAA